UGCACAGGGCAGCUGGUGGUGGGUGUGUCAAAUUUCAAGUCCAACAGUUUACCUUAUCGAAUAAUUAACUUUUUCUUGAGGCUCUUCCAUAUCUUAGAGGUGGGCUGACAGGUAGUUCUACAGCUGUCAUGUGCUUGAAUGGAUCAAGUGAAGGGACCUAUGAGAGAUUACACCACAUCGAUUUAUACUUCAGAUUUCCUCAGGUUCGAAGUUAGAGGUGACAUUAUUUAAGCCAACAGUCUCCAGACCUGAAUCUACAACACCCACUUUUAGAACUCAUCUCCAACACUGCUAAGAUUUCCCUCUUCUCUGAAUAAAUGUAUUUGUCAUGAACACUUUCCAUCUGCAACCUGCAAUCCAAGUUUGUAAAGACAAGUUCAUUUCCAGGAUUGAAUUUUUAUCAUUGUUAAGGACAUACAACUGUUUUUGUGAAGAUAAAAAGAAUUUGCAACUGACGUAUUCUGAUAAUAAUGGGAAAAUCGUCCUAGAAGGCGUAUUAGAUAUUUCAUGGGGUGUGCACCAACCAAUAAGAUUACAGAUUAAUGAUGAGAAACCUAUACCAUUACCAAAAGUCAUCCAGUCCUCUGACGUUACAAUGAAUAAAAGAGGAAUGACACGGUGGGGAGAGUUUGACAAUCUGUACAACAUUGCUGAACUGGAGGAAGAAGCUGUGCCAGAAGGCAAGGAGCAAGAGACAACCCAGCAGCUGGUCUUCGAGACCAGUACAUUAAAACCAAAGCGCAACCAAGAGCCAACAAGUGGCAACUUAAUACGUACCAAGAGUGAUGCAUCACUGGUGAAGAUGAGGGUAAAGGACCAAGCAGCAAAGAAAGCUCAGCGCAAUCGCUUUUCCAUUAACGGUCACUUUUACAACUACAAGACUUCCAUUUUCACACCAAUGAAAGGUUCUGUGACUAAUGUGAGAAUCAACAGCAGACUGACAACCCAGGAAGUGAUAGCAUUACUGCUACAAAAAUUUAAGAUAGAAAAUGAUCCUAAUGAUUUUGCAUUGUAUGUCGUUCAUGCAAGUGAAGAAAAGAAAAAGCUUACAGACACGGCAUUCCCACUGUGGGAAAGGUUGCUUCAUGGGCCAUCACGGAAAAUUGUGAAAAUAUUUUUAAUGGACAAGGAUGCAGAAGAAAUCAGCACCGACGUGGCUCAGUAUAUCAAGUUUGAGUUUCCCAUUUUAAAAGCAAUUCUCCAGAAACUAAAUGAGGAGGAGGAGAAAUAUAUCAGAAACACCCAACUCCGAUACAAAGUGGAGAGAAGAUUUUUGUGCCAGCAGCUGCAGAGACUGAGGCUGGUGAGGGCAGAAACUUCAGUUUAAGAAACAGAUCCAUCACCAAGAAAUUGGAUGUCAGGGUGCAUUGAUAUGUAACCAGCAUCAAUCCUAGAAUUGAUGGAGUACACCAUUUUAAUAGUUAUAUCACAAUUUACGGAAGUAUUUGUAUUUUCCCUAACCUACUCAAUUAUGAAAUUAUUGGCCCAUAUUUUCCUUGGGACUAGCAUUCUUGAACUGGUGACAUCUACAGCAUUGAGACCUUUGAACAGUGAAAAAGGACAUUGUGGAGUAAAUCACUUAUGCCAUUAAUUGUGCACUCCAUAUUUUCCUGGAACCUUUGUGCCACUCCACUGUGACUCUCGUUGAAAACCAAGAAGAUCAUUAUAAUAGCUCUGCCCCAUUGAAAUCAACAUCAGUUACCAUUUUCCUGCAUUGAAGCCACAUUUCAUACAUACCACUACCACUUAGUAUGACAAAUAAUGGAACUAAUGGCUUGGCAUAAAAUUGACUUUAAUGUAUUCACUGAAUCAGAUUUUGAUUUUUAAAUGGUGCUGAAAACUCCUGAAGCUCAAGCAACAAGAUUUUUGCUUGAAUGACCCAGUGACUGUGCUUCAGAAGUACUUUUUUUAUUGUUUUCCUGGGGAGAAAUAAAAUUCCAUAAAAUAUACGGAAACAACAAUUGAUGAACAUUUAUCAGCCCUCUGGAUUCAAACUAAAACCAACUUCGGAAAAUAUAAUUCAACGGCCAUUCUGUAUAAACAUUUUUAAAUUGAGAUUUCCUACAGCUCAAGUGAAAUGCACAAUUGGUCAAUUACUUAAAUAAGGCUAAAUAGAUGAAAUAUAGCAAGACCAAGCAAGCCCCAACUGUCUGAAAUUUAUAUAUUUUUCAGAUUCUAAAUAAAAAGUGAAACAGCUCAAUGAAGAUUACAAUACAAAGUAGCACUUUUUUAAAAUAAAAAUUGAACCAAGGGGAUCAUUUGUUCAACUUCCAAGGUAUACCUGCAGAUUCUGGUUCUGCUUAAAUAUAAUUCCUGAUUAUUUUUAAUAGAUCAAGUACACUUAAAGAAAAAUGGAAAUGGAUGUUAUCAAUUUUCUACUGUAAAGUGAAAUCGCUUUAUUGGUCACUGACUGCACUGCAUCUAAUUUACCAUGAUCUUUGCUGGGGUGUUACAAAAUCAAUUUUCAAGUAAAAUUUGGUGUCAUUUUGCCACUGGAGGAUUCAGUGUAACAUUCUAAUUUAUGUUGUUUGCUGCCAAAAUUACCAAUGCAGGACAAUCUGGGCCAUUUUACUUUGCAACAUUUUCAUUUUUGUUUCACAAUUCAAUAAACAACCUGCUAUUAUUUUAUUUGAACUAUACUGUAUAAUGUAAAUCUGUUCUCUAAACUGUUAAUACAAAUUACAUAUUAAACCAAA